AAUUUCGCAAUUGAAACAUGUAAAAAGCAGCUGGAGUGAAUUACCUAGAGAAAGAAUAGAGAAAAUCUGGUCAUGGUUGGAACAGAGGUGGGUCAUGCGGCGGAUCCGCCAGCUCAUAUAAUGGGCUUUACGAUAAGAAGUCGCACCCGGAUCUAUGUCUCCUACAUAAUCCCAAGCUGUCUGGGAAUGUUGGUCUUUAUGGUGCAGACAGCGACAGAUUUGGCCUUGAGCUAUCAGUAUUUCCGACAGCAAGAGACGGGCUAUGGAGUCGGUACCCUGAUAUUGGUGUUGAUACCACCGCUACUUACAUUCAUCCUGGUGCUAUCAUCCAGGGAGCAGCGUUGCAGUGCUUGUGGCAAUCGGAGCAAGUGCUUCAGUUUCUGUCUGGGAUUAUUGCAGCUACUCUCGUUUCCAUUUGUGGUGCUCUACAGGUUCACUAUGCGAUUCUUUUGGUCCAUUGAGGCGCUCUUCCAUGCGGAUGAUGAUGUGGAGCGCAUGAAGUGCUUAGCGAAGGCAACGCAAACGUCCAGCAUUGAGCUGUACCUGCUGAUCCAGGCAUAUGCCCAGGCAGCCCCACAGAUUAUACUCCAGAUGAACCACAUGCUUGCUCAGGACAUCUUUCGCAAUUACGAGACAACUGCCUUGCAGGCGAUGUGCCUGGUAUUCGCUGCCAUAGAUCUGGCGGGGAUUACAACCAGUUAUCAUCGGAUCGAGAGUCAGCGGCGCGUGGGGCGACAUUAUCCCUGGGCAACGCCGCAGCAGGUGGAGACCCAUCGCUGUCAGCUAGAGCAGAAUCAGCGUCUCUGUUGCGAGGCUGAGCGAAGGAAACGCGAAUCGGAGCGCACAUUGGCCACAAGUUUUCCCCAGUCCGAUAAGAUCAUGGAGAACUUUCAUGCCAGACAGGGAUCCGGACAGGUUGGCACCCAUGAGCUGCUCGUAACCGGAGUGGAUGAGGUGGACAACGACGGUAUGGAGACACUGGAAACGAGAGCAUUGCUGCAUUCCCCCACUGGGACAUCAGCUGGCAAUGCCACCGACGAUGAUAAGAUUCAUCAUAAUACCAGGCCCAAACUUCAAUUGUAUCGCGAGGAGAUGUCCAAUCUGGAUCGCAUCGAUGUGCUGGACACGGUGCCAGAAACGCCAGCGCCCCCUCCUCCACCUGUGUCGGCGCCGCCAGCGCUGCCCAUGCUGCGGUUGCCCACAGAGAAUAGUCCACCCGAGGCUCCGGAUCUGCGACGCACCGUGUCGGAUGCGGAGCACAGACGUAGUCGACGGACAACGCGACCGCUCUCCCAGCUGGAGACAUUCAAGGACAUGCUGCUGGUUAAUGCACAGCUGUACAUCAAGGAGCAUGUACCGAGGCCGCCCAGGCUACUCAUAGGACGUGUUGAUGAGGAGGAGCAAAAAGACGAUCGCACUCCGUUGGUGACAACGGCCCAGACACCAAAAGGAACGCCUCUCACUCCCAAGGAUGUGGUGGAUUUCUACUUUGCACGGCCCACAAGGAUUGUGAAUGGCAUACAGCAGGAUGACUUUGCCGGGAGAACCGUAGCCUUCUUUGGUUGGAUUGCCUUCAUCAUCAUGCGCAUGCUCUCCCUCGCCACAUUCUGUGUGUUCUACCCGCGCGCCUUCUUCAUCGUUGUCGGUGUUCACUACGUCCUCAUGCUGGCCGCAUUGGCGCUGGAGACACGAUGCCGGGGCAGCUGGAAUCGCCAUUUGUUCUACCUAAUGCUUGGAUAUAUCUAUAUCUUUGUGCUCCUGGAGUUCCGUGUGUGCUUUAAGAGCAUCAGGUUGUGGUAUGGCUGGUACUUGGUGCUCAUUUUGGUUGAGAACAUAACCAUGUCAUCCAUUUGGUAUGCCAAUGAGGAGCUCAACUCCUGGUGGUUUGGUUUCAUCUGGGAAUGGAUUGUAUACAGUGGCAUCCUCUUCUUGGCCACCAUUGUGGUCUAUUACAGCAUACUGCGACCCAAGGAUGUCUCCCUAAUUGUUGAGGACGAGACCCCAGUCCAAACGGAGCAGUCGCAAUUGGUUGCCUAGCAUUUGAAUCGUUGCCAGGCGAGAAACCCUUUAUGUUUACCCGGCAAAGCAGGCCCUUUUACUUAGUCUAAGUAUUUAUUAAAAUAAAAAAACAUAAGUAAAU